AUGGACGUUAUAGACAAAGCAUAUGAGAGCCUGACCCAAGUACGCGAGCCAGGGAUGGCUGUUGAUCUAGAUGUUAGUGACAUCCGUACUAUUGUGGAGAGGGGGUGCGCCGUCCUUAAUGCGCAGCCAAAUGUCUUGUACAUAAAAUCCAACAUAUACAUCGUAGGAGAUACACACGGACAGCUCCACGAUAUUCUCAAUUACUUUAAUGUUCUGGGCUCUCCACUGACAAAGAAUUAUCUGUUUUUGGGAGACGUCGUGGACAGAGGAUACCAGAGUGUAGAAUGCCUCCUUCUCAUGCUUGUGUGCAAAAUAAAGCGGCCAAAUAACUUCUUUAUAAUCCGCGGAAACCACGAAACAACAGAUCUACAGCCAAAUGGCCGUGGCGCCAGUCUCAAAGAGGAGUGCGACGAACGCUAUAGCGAAGAGCCAGAUCUUGUGUUCAAUCUGCUGAUGCGGGCCAUGGACUCGUUACCCCUUGUUGCAAUCAUCGGCCGGCGCAUCCUGUGUGUGCAUGGGUGUUUGGCAUCAAACUUCUCUCUCGAGAAGCUCAAGGAGCAGAAGCUCCCCUUCAGCCUGAACAGCCUCACCGAUGAGAUGCGUGACAUCGUCACAAACCUUCUUUGGAGUGAUCCUUUUGAGUAUACAGACAAGCAGGACUCGUUUCCAGUCAAGAAUGUGGCAAAAAUAGGAGGCUCUACUAUCACUGCAUAUGAAAAUCCUAAGAGGGGGUCCGGCGAAAAGACACCUGAUGAGCUGUCUUGCAGCAUUUUGGACAAGUACGGUUUUGACAUAUUAGUCCGGGGCCACGAGUGCUUCCAUGACGGGAUGAGCACCUCUGUCUCUGGGCGCGUCUUCACGGUGUUUGGGGCAACACACUAUCAUAAGAACGUCAAGGACAUUACAGCUUCUGCGGUUAUGCAGGUCUCAAAGGACAUGAAAAUUAGCUUUGUUCAAUUCUUUGAGGAAAAUACGCGCACUUGCUAG